ACUUCAAGAUGGCGGUUCCACAAGUUGGACUGGAGCUUCAGUACGAGGAAGCCGUAUUCCUCUCUACAACGGACCUCCCCUCCUCCAUCGACAUCCUCAACAGGAUAUUGUAUAGUGUUGUUGAGGAAAACAAUGAGAGAGACGUAAGUUGUAAAGUGAAGAGCUUCGAGCUGCUGGGGAAGCUCCUGGCCGAUACUCGAGAGGUUGAAGAUCUGGAGCGUCUGCUGAUAUGUAUGAGGCCCUUCCUGAUUUCUCUAAGCAAGGCAAAGAUCCGACAGGUUCUGGAGAUUCGGCUCAUCAGACUGUAUUUUGACACCAAAAGAUUCGAGGAGGCCUUGGCACUUUGUAGGGAGUUGUUCGACGAGCUGAAAGGGUUGGAUCACACAACUCUCCUGGUUGAGGUUCAGCUUCUGGAACGUGAGACACACCACGCUCUCAAUAGCCUGCCCAUGGCCUUAGCCGCCGUGACCUCAGCCAGGACCACCGCCGACGCCAUUAUCUGUCCUCCAAAUAUCCAGGCAGCGGUGGACAUGCACACAGUCGCAGGAAUCCUCCACGCCGAGAAGAAGGAGUGGACGACGGCUCUUUUACACUUCACCAUGGCCUUCGACACUAAUGACUGCUCCGCAGCCCUGGCAGCUCUCAGAUGCAUGCUGCUGUGCAAAAUUUUUCUGAACGAACCACAGGAUGUACCGUCCCUGGUCUCUAGCAAAAUGGGCCUGAGGCCAGAGUGUCGAGGGGCAAGUCACUAACUGGAACAUGCGUUGCUCUCAGAGGGUUUCAACAAUCAUUAGAAGAAUUACGACCAGGUGCUGGAAAAUAACCUCCUCAAAAUCAUUGACUCCUUCCCCAGAAUAACGAUAAGAGUCGUAUCAAGGGACAUCAAACUGCCAAACGCGGAAGUUGAGAGAAAAUUAUCGCAGAUGAUUCGGGACAAAAAGAUUAGAGGACAACUGGACCACACUAUCCACAAGUUAUUCCUUUUCAAGUAUCCGAUUGACACCUGGUACGAAAACGCUUUGACAUUGAUUGAGGCCAUGACCGAAGCCGUGGAUUCAAUUUACAACGGCCAAGCAUCCGACAUAGAGAACCCCCCUCCAUGCGAUGGAGGAACUGUGUGUGUUUGACCAGCGUGUGAGACGUUUUAAGAAGGGGACACGGGAGAGCAGUGAAAGUUCCACAACCUGACAAGUCCCCGUCCCCCCCCACACAUCAUAUCAAUGCCAACAGUUAUGUCGUCCCCCCCCCCCUCUGCGCUGUAUUUCAGAUAUGUAUUAAAUUGUUAUUUGUUGGGGUUUUGUGUUGUUUUUUCGAAAUAAGAAGAGAAUCAGACGGUUGCCACAUGUCUGCUCCUCCUGCUUGUGUUUACGUUUCUUUAAAAACAGACGAGAUGCCACUACACCGAUCGUGCCACU